ACUGGGAGCCAGUGAACAGUUCUGCACGCUUCAGAUCAAGUUUGAAGUGUUUCUACAUGCAAAAGUUGGUGUCUUGAGGACGGGGAAUGUCUUGCCGCGUGCGCGUGUACAGCUCUGUGCGCACAGCUCGUGUGAUGAGAGCAGAGAGUGUGUGUGGUCGUCUUCUACACACACAGACCGAGUCUCCUGUAGCGCCAGACUCGGGUCCGAGCCUCCGCCGACCGACUCACAGAGCGCCGCCGCCGCUGCGGGAACUUGAGGAACUUCCGCCGAGUGCGUCGUGAGCGCGCGCAGGGGAGGGUCACGCGCACCUGCGUUUGCUGCAUCCGCCGCUGUGCUGGAGUUACCGGGAGCUGCUCGGUGAUUCUGCGGGACUGAGGAUGGAGUUUCAGCUCCUGCUGCUCUGCUCCGUGUGGGCUCUCGGUGUGUGUGCCGAGCAGGAGGUGGAGAAUCUCUCUGGGCUGUCCACGAACCCGGAGCGGGACAUUUUUGUGGUGCGUGAGAACGGGACGACGUGUCUGAUGGCGGAGUUCGCGGUCCGGUUCCUGAUCCCGUACGACGUUCUGGCACUGAACGGCAUCGAUCUGAUCACCGAGCAGACGUCGGUGGCGAUCCCGCGUGGGGCUCAGAUCGCUGGUAAAUGCGGACCCUCGGAGUCGGAGCUGCAGAUCUCCUGGGCCGCACAGGCGUUCAGCUUCCGCAUCUACUUCUCUAAGGAGAAGCGUGUGCUGGGCAGUGAUGGGAAAGCUCCAGAAGCGGAGGUGUGGAAGAUAAACCGUGUUCAGCUGGUGUACGACACGUCAGAGAACACACACUUCAUUAACGCUUACAACCCGGGGAAACACACCGCCAGCACACACCGUCUCUCGGCGCUGGUGACUCCGGCCGGGCGCUCCUAUGUGUGUGCGGCGCAGCAGACGCUGACUCUGAUCUCCAGCGACCAUCAGAAGGGCGUCACCGUGACGAUCUACGACAUCCAGAUCCAGCCCUUCGACAUCAGCGCAGACUUCGUCUUCAGCGAAUCCUAUAAGUGUGUGACGGAUCAGCGGGAGCAGCUGGAGCAGACCCUGCCGCUGGUUCUGGGUCUGAUUCUGGGUCUGAUCAUCGUCAUCACCAUCUCCGUGUAUCACUUCCACCUCAAGCUGAAUGCUGCACACACACAGCAGCCCACGCUCCCCCGCGACCGCUCACUCUACAAGAACAUGUGAACGAACGCACGCACACACACACACACACGCACACACACACGGCAGCCCACGCUCCCCCGCGACCGCUCGCUCUACAAGAACAUGUGAACGCACACGCACGCACACACACUCACGCGCACACACACGCACACACACACACACACACACACGGCAGCCCAUGCUCCCCCGCGACCGCUCACUCUACAAGAACAUGUGAACACGCGCGCGCACGCACGCACGCACACACACACACAUGCACACACACACGCACACACACACGGCAGCCCACGCUCCCCCGCGACCGCUCGCUCUACAAGAACAUGUGAACGCACACGCACGCACACACACACACACGCACACACACGCACACACACACACACGGCAGCCCAUGCUCCCCUGUGACUGCUUGCUCAACAAGUACAUGUGAACAAAAGAACGAACGAACACACACACACACACACAUACAGCAGCCCAUGCUCCCCCGCAACUGCUUGCUCUACACAUACAUGUGAACACACACACACACACAUUCUUCCUCAUGUGUCUAUUACUGCACACACACUCACACUUCCUCAUGUGUAUCUAUUACUGCACACACACACUUCCUCAUGUGUCUAUUUCUGCAUACACACACACACUUCCUUGUUUGUGUCUAUUACUGCACACACACACACACACACAUCAUUCCAUCCUCAAACUCUGCAGAUUAUUGACGCACCUUAAGAUUGAGUCGUCAGAAUUGACUAAAAAUAAAAUUAUUUGUU